ACAUGGCUCAGUUUAUUCAGCGGUAGCAGUUAAACUUGCAUUAAUUGUUCUUGUUCUGACUAAAAAUUCUGUAGCAGCAUUUAUUGAUCAACUUCAGAUACAAUGCAAGUUUGAACAUGGCUCAGUUUAUUCAGAGUAGCAGUUGAACUUCAAUCGAUUGUUCUUGUUAUGACUAAAUUCCUUAGCAGCCUUUAUUGAUCAGCUCCUGGAUCCACAUACAGUAUAUAAUAUCUGAAGGGAAGAAUGAAAUCCAUAGAUUCCAUUCUAUAUUAAGAUGAUUAUUACCUUUAUCCUAAAUUUCACAAGAAUCAAAAUCUUCGUUAGAAGGCAAAAAGAAAAGUGUAGCACCAGGAAUGUCAAGUGGUGGUUAAGAAAUGCCUCUCUAGAGUCAUGACCAAUGACUUCAAAAGUCUUCCUAAUAACACAAAUCAGAAAAUGACUUGUGUUUCUCCUUUCAACUUCAGCAGACGGCAUGUUCUGUAAUUCACCCAAUUGUUAAUUAUAUUUCUCAUAAAAAAUUAUCAGUAGGUCAUUAGAGAUUAAUUGACCGAGUACAAUAUCUCUUAACCUGAGGAGAGUAUCUUUCAAGUAUCAAGACUUUGACGAUGUAAUGUCAUCCCCAAGAAACACAAAUUAGAAGUAAGACAAUCGUGCUGACUACUAACCAUAUAUAACUGAUUGUUGACUAAAACUCUAUGGUGUAAAUGCUCCACUCAAAUUAUUAGAUGCUGUUUUGCACAGCACAGGCAUUUCUUUUUAUGUCACCCUUUGGAACUUGUUCAUUUUUGGAAGAAAGGAGCUUAGUUGACAAGGACAUAACACUAUCAAUAUUUGCCAAAGAACUGAUAUGAUAUCUUUUGAUAUGACUUGCUCUUUUGAUGUAUCUGCAAAUUUUCACCACCCUUCAUAUUUCAACUUUCUUUCGUGAACUGGGUUAGGUCUUGUAGUAUCCAUCGAGUUUGUUGCAAGAAACUAAUGAAUUUAUAAUCAUUGCUUAUAGUAUAAACAGUUUCCUUGCAAGUUUGAGAUAAUCUAAGCAUGGAUUUGGAAGGUGGGAGUCAUAGAAAUACUAUCAAGAAGGAUUCAUGGAUGACAGUACUGACCUUGGCAUAUCAGAGUUUAGGAGUAGUUUAUGGAGACUUAAGUGCCUCACCACUUUAUGUUUACAAGAGCGUAUUUGCAGAAGACAAUGAAAAGAUAACUACAAACGAGGAGAUAUUUGGGGUUUUAUCAUUUGUUUUCUGGACAAUCACUCUUAUUCCUCUUAUCAAAUAUGUGUUCGUAGUACUCAAAGCAGAUGAUAAUGGCGAAGGUGGGAUUUUUGCUUUAUAUUCUAAGCUGUGUAGGAAUUCUAGAGUUGGUUGGUUCUUACCCAAUUCUCAGGUGGCUGAUGAGAAAAUUUCUACAUACAAGAAAGACAGCAUUACUUGUCAGCCCUCUUUCAAUGCAAUGGUGAAAGCAACAUUAGAGAAGCAUAAGGUGUUACAGAUUGUGCUGCUUAUUCUCGCUUUGGUAGGAACUUCCAUGGCAAUUUGUGAUGGAGUUUUAUCACCUGCGGUCUCAGUUUAUUCUGCAAUAUCAGGUCUUGAGCUUGCUAUUUCGAAACACCAUCAUAGAUAUAUAGAACACCCUCUAGCAUGUUUCAUACUGGUCUGUCUGUUUGCUCUCCAACAUUAUGGCACUCACCGAGUAGGAUUUCUUUUUACACCGGUUGUCAUAACAUGGCUUUUAUGCAUCAGUGGUAUUGGUCUUUAUAAUAUUUUCUACUGGAAUCCUCAAGUUUACAAGGCCUUAUCUCCGUACUAUAUGUAUAUAUUCUUAAAGAAGUCGCAAAGGGGACGUUGGAUGUCAUUAGGUGGAAUACUAUUAUGUAUUAGAGGUUCUGAAGCCAUGUUUGCUGAUCUUGGACACUUCUCACAACUAUCCAUUAAGAUUGCUUUUACCUCUUUUCUUUAUCCAUCUUUGGUUCUUGCAUAUAUGGGGCAAGCUGCUUAUUUAUCUAAGCAUCAUGGCAAGCCAAUUGGUUUUUAUGUAUCAGUACCAGAUAGCAUAAGAUGGCCAGUUAUUAUCAUAGCUGUACUUGCUGCAAUUGUUGGAAGCCAAGCCAUCAUCACAGGAACUUUUUCAAUUAUUAAACAGUGCCAUGCCUUAAAUUGUUUCCCAAGGGUGAAAAUAGUCCAUACAUCGUCUAAGAUACGUGGUCAAGUAUACAUCCCAGAGGUCAACUGGACUUUGAUGGUGUUGUGCUUGGCAGUUACAAUUGGUUUUAGGGACACCACAGCCAUGGCUAAUGCUUCAGGUUUGGCAGUUAUUACAGUCAUGCUCAUUACUACCAUCUUGAUGUCUCUAGUUAUGGUCCUCUGCUGGUACCAGAGUGUGUUCUUUGCCAUUUGCUUCAUAUUAUUCUUCGGCACCAUUGAAGGGCUCUAUUUUGUGGCCUCCCUCGUCAGGUUCUUGAAUGGUGCAUGGGUCUCAUUAUUACUCGCAUCUGUCUUCUUUGUUAUCAUGUAUACGUGGCACUAUGGCAGUCUUAUGAAAUAUGAAUCUGAUUUUCACAACAAGGUUCCCCUAGACUGGCUCCUCGGCCAUGGGCCUAGUCUAGAUGUUGUCCGUGUGAAGGGAAUUGGCCUUGUGCAUACUGAGCUCGUCUCUGGAAUACCUGCAGUUUUCUCUCACUUUGUGACCAAUGUUCCAGCUUUCCACCAGACAUUAGUCUUCCUGUGCAUCAAAUCUGUCCACCUCCCCUAUGUUCUGCCCCAGGAAAGAUUCCUCGUUGGCCGAAUUGGCCAAAAAGAAUUCAGGAUUUAUAGAUGCAUUGUACGGUACGGGUACCGUGACAUCCACAAGGACAAUAUAGAAUUCGAGAAGCAACUUGUUUGUAGUAUAGCGGAGUUUAUUCGUUCGGGGAGAGAAGAACAGGCAGUAGGAGUAGGGGUACUGCAUCAUGAUGACAACAGAAUAACAUUGGUCGGGAUAUCUUCAGCACAUACUGAAGGGAUUCGGAUAUGGGAGGAUGAAGAGGAGGAGCCUCUCAGAGUUCCAAGUCCAGGGGAAAUAAGAGAGUUACAAUCUUCGAUCAAAAAAAGAGAGUUGCAACCUUCAGUUGUCCAGCGUAAAAAAAGAGUGACAUUUUUGUUGCCUGAAAGUCCAAGAAUUAUGGAUAGAGAUACACAAGAAGAACUGUCUGAGCUGAUGGAAGCAAGGGAAGCUGGGAUGUCGUUCAUUCUUGGGGACUCAAAUGUAAGAGCCAAGCGAGGCUCAAACUGGAUCAAGAAGCUACUUAUUAACCAUGGGUAUGAUUUCUUGAGUAGGAAUAGUAGAAGCGCUACUAAUGGACUUUGCAUCCCAAGUGCAUCUACUCUUGAGGUUAGAAUGGUCUGCCAUGUUUGAAAUCUUGAUUCAGCCUAGUAUUAACUAUCAUUUGUAUAUAUGUAGUAUAUCAUAGAUGAACUACGAAUCCGAAUGGAAUGUGCACUGAUCUUUUCUU